CACUACUAUUCUAGAGAAAGGAUUACGAGAAAAUGAAAUACGAGUGUGUGUGCCCUAAUCAAAUAUGGCGGCUCGUUAGUUCGUCACGUGACAAAUGCUCUACGGCUGUCAGUGUCGUGAAGCAGCAGGAGUAGAGGACGUCCGGAUCCCUACAGGUGCUCUGACUAAACAGUCAUGCCUUUUCUCGAUCUUCAAAACAAGUUUGGGAUUAAUGUUGACAAAUGGAUGCUGCUGCAGAGUUCUGAGCAACCUUUCCGUCAGAUUGGUCGUUGCCAUUCCUUUGAGAAAGACUGGGUAGAGUGUGCACAUGGUAUUGGAGCCAUCCGGGCAAAGAAAGAGUGCAAGAUAGAGUAUGAAGACUUCCUUGAGUGCAUGCACAGAACCAAAACGCUGGAACGCUUAGAUGCCAUCAGAAAACAAAAGGAAAAGUUGGAGAAAGAAGGAAAAUACAAAGCCCCUGAUUUCAGCAAAGAUGAAAAUACCCCUUAAUAUCAGCAGAGGAAAAGUUAUGUCUUUUAUGUUUUGUUUCUUAGUAAAUCCUUACUGAGGCAACUAUGUAAUAAAUGGUUCACACAA